UUGCCAUUGGUCCAGACAAGAGAUUUGGGGCAGGCGUGGACUGAGCGAAGGUGAAAUACUUGAACAAUCUCACGAGAAAAUAUGAGAUUUUACUGAUUAUUGUUUACAUUGUAAAAACAUGAGAACCGAACCGAAUCGAUCCGGAUUCAACUGAAACGCCUGCAACAGCACAACUUCCGAAACAGAUUGGUCUCUUCCCUGCGGCGAGGAAAGCGACUGUAGCCGAACUUUGUUUUGAUCGAGCUGAAAGCAAGGACCCGAAAUUGAUCUCAUCACCGGGGGAGAAAAAGAUAGGGGGUAACUGACGCCUAAAGAGCUUAAAGACAUCAUUUAUACCUGGCGAAAAAUCUCGAGGGUCGCCAUUGUGUGGAGCGAGAUACCCGACAUAGGCACGGUAUGGUCCUCGGCGAGAGGGAUGUGAUGGGGAUCCCCGCCUAAGGAGCACAGCAACGCGGGUUUGGGAUACCCGGAGUUGUCGAGGCCUCCAAGGGAAUCCACCGUCGUUUGCCUAGAGCUGCACCGCGCUCUCCCGUGUCCGGAUCGUUAACAGUCGGCACGCGAGGGACGCGGCUGUGGAUGCGGCCUAGCCUGGGAGGGUCUGCCGAGCACCGGGGAAACAACGGGGACGGUUUCAGGCUUAACAACAGGCCCUCCAGAGGACCGAAAAAAUAUUAAAUUGCACCAUGAUGGAAGAACUGCAUAGCCUGGACCCCCGGCGGCAGGAGCUGCUGGAGGCUCGCUUCACUGGGGUCGGCGUGGCUAAGGGCUCGGGUCAGAACCAAAAUGAGUCAUCCAAUCAGAGUCUGUGCAGUGUGGGCUCGCUCAGUGACAAAGAGCUAGAGACUCCUGAAAAAAAAGCAAAUGACCAGAGAGUGAGAAAACGGAAAGCAGACCAUUUUGACAGCAGCCAAGGCAAAGCAGGUGCAAGGGGACAUAAAAUUAGUGAUUAUUUUGAGUUUGCGGGAGGUAGCGGUCCUGGUACCAGCCCUGCCAGGGGAAUUCCACCAGUGGUCCGCUCUUCCCCACAACACUCCCUCUCCAACCCCCCUGUCACGAUUGGUCUCAUGUUUUAUCGUGACUGGCAGCUGCAGGUGCAGCAGGGAAGCCCCUCCUCCGUCAGCUCGGCCAACACAGAGCACUCGUCGUGUUCACUGAAGCCUGCUUCUCUUCACUUGUUCCACAAAGCCACACAGUCUGACCUUACCAUAGAGAAACUAACAGCAAUGGAGAACAACAAGAACUCUGACCUGGAGAAGAAGGAGGGCCGAAUAGACGAUUUGCUGCGGGCAAACUGUGAUCUGAGGAGACAGAUCGAUGAGCAGCAGAGGAUGCUGGAACGAUACAAGGAACGCCUAAACAAGUGUGUGACCAUGUCCAAGAAGCUGCUGAUUGAAAAAUCCAAACAGGAGAAGAUGGCGUGCCGGGACAAAAGCAUGCAGGACAGACUUCGACUGGGUCACUUCACCACAGUGAGACAUGGAGCGUCUUUCACUGAGCAGUGGACGGAUGGAUAUGCCUUCCAAAACCUUAUUAAACAACAAGAAAGGAUCAAUUCCCAGCGAGAGGAAAUUGAAAGACAAAGGAAGCUGCUGGCCAAACGCAAGCCGCCCUCCAUGGCCCAGACUCCACCUCCAAGCCUGGAGCAAAACAAACGCAAAAGCAAAACCAAUGGGACAGAAAGUGAAACGUUAUCACAGGCAGAGUACCAUGAGCAAGAGGAAAUCUUUAAGCUACGACUAGGCCAUCUUAAGAAGGAGGAGGCAGAGAUCCAGGCGGAGCUGGAGAGGUUGGAACGAGUGCGAAACCUGCACAUUCGGGAGCUGAAAAGGAUCCACAAUGAGGAUAAUUCUCAAUUCAAAGAUCACCCUACGCUAAAUGACCGAUACCUGCUACUCCAUUUACUCGGACGGGGAGGUUUCAGUGAAGUUUAUAAGGCCUUUGACUUAACAGAGCAAAGGUAUGUUGCGGUCAAAAUCCACCAGUUGAACAAGAACUGGAGGGAUGAGAAGAAGGAAAAUUAUCACAAACACGCUUGCAGAGAAUAUAGAAUCCAUAAAGAGCUGGACCACCCACGAAUAGUUAAACUCUACGACUACUUUUCGCUUGACACUGACUCGUUCUGCACAGUCCUGGAGUACUGUGAGGGCAAUGACCUGGACUUCUACCUGAAGCAGCACAAGCUCAUGUCAGAGAAGGAGGGCCGCUCCAUCAUCAUGCAGAUUGUUAACGCCCUGAAGUACCUCAAUGAGAUCAGACCGCCCAUUAUCCACUACGACCUCAAACCUGGUAACAUCCUCCUUGUGAACGGCACUGCCUGCGGGGAGAUCAAGAUCACAGACUUUGGCCUAUCAAAGAUCAUGGAUGAUGACAGCUAUAACUCAGUGGAUGGGAUGGAGCUGACGUCACAGGGAGCAGGGACAUACUGGUACCUGCCCCCAGAAUGCUUUGUGGUUGGGAAGGAACCACCUAAAAUUUCCAACAAGGUGGAUGUGUGGUCUGUGGGAGUCAUUUUCUACCAGUGUUUGUAUGGCCGCAAGCCCUUCGGCCACAACCAGUCCCAGCAGGACAUCCUGCAGGAGAACACAAUACUGAAGGCGACAGAUGUGCAGUUCCCUCCUAAACCAGUAGUCACACCUGAAGCUAAGGCCUUUAUAAGGCGCUGUCUAGUCUACCGUAAGGAGGACCGCAUCGAUGUGCACCAGUUGGCCAGUGACCCCUUCCUCAUGCCCCACAUCCGCAAGUCGGUGGCCUCCUCGGGCACCUCGGGCAUGGCAGUGGCCUCCACAUCCAGCUCCUCCAACAGCAGCGCCUCAAACUGAGCCCACGCCCCUUAACUGACUGACUGAACCAUUUGAAAGCGUGGGGUGGGGCGGGGGCGACGCCAUACUGUGUCCCCCCUCCCAAGAGCAUCCCACCUUGCCAUGAAGAGCCCAAGAGAAACAGGUCAGACGACGGCAAGGGGUGGGUGAGAAGUCAUGGGCGAGUUGGGAAAGGAGACUCACGUCACCCUUCCUGUCUCUCAUGUCCACCCACCCUAGCCUACCUGUCCUCUUUUCACAAAAGGGUGGCAUCGUUCUGGGGGUCAAAGCCCUGGACGACUCACGCAGCACGGGGGCGAGGUGUGGCACUGUGUUGGUGAAAAGUGGGGUUCAGUGUUUGGGAUUUUUCUUUCCUGCUUAACAAAGAGAAAAUAAAAAGAAGUAUAGAACUGCUUCAGCUUGGCAGACGGAGAGGACUGCAGAAGGCCUCAUACCCAUACGCACUCAUACAUACACCCAUGCAUGAGCCAUUCUGGUCCGAGGUAGUCUGAACUCCCCAAUCUCAAACAUUUUGUUUGUUCUCAUCUCCUGGAACCUAGCUGAGAGAACCAGUCUGGCCUGUUAUUGUAUUGAACCCUAAAUAUCUAUGGCACUAUGUCACUCAGCCCGCUGUUCUGGGAUCCCCCUGCCCGCUUAAAUUCCAGACCCAGAUAGUUUGUGACGAGGAGAGACAGAAGCUACUAUUCCCCCUUCACCCCUCUCCCCUCUCCUCGUCAAACUCCUGUGACCAAAGCUUAUAACUUCCAGUUGGUGGCAGUGUUCCGCCUCCGUUUUUAUAAUGAAUGGUUUUAGAGUCGUGUUACUUGAUAUGGAGUGGAAGCUGUUGAGAAACGACCCCUUUUACAUUUUUUUAAAAAACUUUUCAAUUUAACCAGUUUUAUGGAGAAAACUGUUGUGUUUUUCAAGUUGCCUUUUAAUUAGAACUGUUAUUGUUUGAUUGACCCCCUACCAUAAACACACAUAUUUAUUUAGGUAUGUUUGAAUUUAUUUUUGGCCAAUAAAAUGCAAGGGACUGGUUUACCUAAUAGUACUGUUGGGGGAGAUUGGGCCUUAGCAGAGAGUUGCAUAAACCAUUAAAUACUAUUGGUUAAAA